UUUAUACAUAUGUUGUUCAGUCAGAAAGAGGUUUCAAAUUCACUCAACUGACUGGUAACUUUGUAGCUGAAAAAAGGAAGGUCUCAGCAGUUGGACAAUGAGUUAUUUCAGUGAAGCAAAUGCCAAAUUUGCCUUUAAGCUUUUCAGAGAAUUGCAACAAAAUGCGAAGGAUAAUGUGGUCAUUUCCCCUCUGAGUAUCUCAGUUGUUAUGGCCAUGGUCUUAUUUGGAGCCAGAGAGAAAACUGCAUUUCAAAUGCGGAAGGUGCUUCAUUUAGAUGAAGUUACAAAAGGUGUCAGGCCAAGUAUGGAAGAAAGUCAUGGUGCAUCAGCAGAGGCUGAAUGCGGCACACCUGAAGAGGUCCAUUCCCAGUUUCAUUCCCUCUUAGCAGAAAUCAACAAACCCAAUGAUGAUUAUUCAUUGGCCAUUGCUAACAGACUCUAUGGAAGCCAGACAUUUCAGUUCCUGCAGCCUUACUUAGAAGGUGUAAAGAAUAUCUACCAAGCAGGACUGGAAACAGUGGACUUUUUACAUGCUUCUGAAGACAGUCGAAGGAAGAUUAAUUCAUGGGUUGAAGAUCAAACAAAUGGAAAAAUCAAGGAGCUAUUUUCAGCAGGUACUAUUGACCCAACUACUGUCCUGGUACUGGCAAAUGCCAUUUAUUUCAAAGGAAAGUGGGCCAUGAAAUUUAAGCAAGAAAAAACUCAAGAAACAAAUUUCAGGACAAGCAAGGACACAAGCAGACCUGUACAGAUGAUGAAACGGACAGGAUUCUUCAAUAUGGGAUACAUUGAGGAACCUGCAGGGAAGAUACUUGAACUACCAUAUACAAACAAACAUCUAAGUAUGUUUGUAUUGCUGCCUAGGGAUGUUGAUGGCUUAGAGAAGUUACAGCAAGGACUCACCUUUGAGAAAUUACUAAAUUCAAUGAAACCUGAAAAUAUGAGUCAAAAAGAAGUUAUUUUGCAUUUUCCACGGUUUAGAGUAGAAGAGACUUACUCUCUGAAGCCCAUAUUGGAAGCCAUGGGGAUGACAGAUAUAUUUGAUACAGAAAGUGCUGACUUUUCAGGAAUGACAAUACAAAAGGGUUUGGCUGUGUCCAAAGUCAUCCAUAAGUCCUAUGUGGAGGUGAAUGAGGAGGGCACUGAAGCAGCAGCUGCUACUGGUGUUGUGGUUGGAUAUAAUUCUUCUAGGAAAGAAGAAUUUAAAUGUGACCACCCAUUUCUCUUCCUCAUUCGACACAACAAAAGCAAUACUAUUCUCUUCUAUGGCAGAGUUACUGCCCCUUAAUAAAGAGGAGUUGAGAACUAAUAAAAUAGAAGUUUCUUGAGGGUAGGAACUUUUUCCACUUCUGUCUUUGUAUCCCUAUAGAACCAUAUAAUGGACACUUAACAAAUAAAUAUUUGUUGAAUUAAAUUUAUUCAUGUCAAAUGAGAACUGGUUGAAAUAACUAGAAUGUUUAAUUUUCUUUUAUAUUUUAUUCUUAUUUUUGGUUCCAAAUUCUCCCUUCCUACACUUCCUUGCUCCCAUGGCUAUUGGAGUCCACCUCUAAUGAAUACCAAGAGUGUGAAUGAAUAGCUGAGACCAGGUGGAAGAUAUGCUUUGCAAUCUCCAUUUAUUAAUCCGAGUGCCAGGGUUUAUAUGCCUUUUAAGCUAGUGUUACAAUAUUAUUAGCUACCUUCAGGUGACAUCAUAUAACCCUUCCAGGGUUAAUGAAUAAUCCAUACUAUGACAUUUCAGUAUCUACCUUAACUAUUAAUACCAAGGUACUUAUCAACAUGGGACUUGUAAAUAGCAUAGUUGUGAUGCUCAUCAACACCAACAAAAUAGUUGUGAUGUUUAUCAAUACCAAAGUAUUUGAAACAGAGUAGUAAAUGGCAGAAAUUAUCAUAUUAAUGGAUUUACCUCAAGUAUGUCUUUAAUUCAUUGUUAAGGGGUAAAUAGUAUAGUUAAAAUGCCUAGUUCCUGUCAUGCAUCAUCCAUCAAGAUUAUCCUAAAUUUAUCAAAUAUGUCUUUAUGAUUCAUUGUUAGGGAGAUGGUGAGUCAAUAGUUUGAAUGGCUUGCCUUAAUAGAGAGUAGGUCUCAAGUAAUACCUGAAUCAGACUUUUACUAAUCAUGGACUUAUUCAAUACUGGCCCUCUACACAUGGAGAAGAGAAGAAAUAUUAUGCCUAUUAUACAUAUAAAGUCAUGCAAAAAUAUUUUUAUAUAAGCCAUUUUUUCAGAAAAAAAAGAAAGAGGAAAAAUAUACAAAUCUGCACUGUGACCCCAUCAUUUCUUUAUAUGGAAAUGGACAGAAUUUUUCAUCAUGAAUUCUUUGAAACCAUGGUUGAUCAUUAAAAUGAUUAUGAUGAGGGGAGCCCUGAAACUCUUUCUCUUUCUCUGACUUUGGCGGGGAAUGCUAAGCUCUCCCCUGAGAGACCAGUCCUA